AUGUGGGCAGCUUCUUGUCUUGCAUCGUGCUGUGCCGCUUGUGCAUGCGAUGCUUGCCGUACAGUGGUCUCUAGCAUCAGCAGACGUUCCGCAAGGAUUGCUUACUGUGGUCUCUUUGCACUUUCUUUAAUCGUUUCAUGGAUUCUCCGUGAAGUCGCUGCUCCUCUCAUGGAGAAGCUCCCUUGGAUUAACCAAUUUCACAAGACACCUGAUCGGGAAUGGUUUGAGACUGAUGCUGUCUUGCGUGUCAGCUUAGGGAACUUCGUGUUUUUCUCGAUUCUUUCGGUUAUGAUGGUUGGUGUGAAGACUCAGAAAGACCCUCGUGAUGGUAUACAUCACGGUGGUUGGAUGAUGAAAGUUAUCUGUUGGUUUGUUUUGGUUAUCUUGAUGUUCUUUGUUCCUAAUGAAGUCAUCAGCUUUUACGAGUCGAUGUCAAAGUUUGGUGCUGGAUUCUUUCUUCUUGUUCAAGUUGUGCUUCUUUUGGAUUUCGUUCAUGGAUGGAAUGACACAUGGGUUGGCUACGACGAGCAGUUCUGGUAUGCUGCGUUGCUUGUUGUUUCUCUUGUAUGUUACUUGGCAACAUUCGUCUUCUCUGGACUUCUCUUCCAUUGGUUUACUCCAUCUGGGCAUGAUUGUGGACUCAACACUUUCUUCAUUGUCAUGACUUUGAUAUUUGUAUUCGUCUUUGCUGUUGUAGUUCUGCAUCCUGCUGUCGGUGGAAGCAUUUUACCAGCAUCAGUUAUAUCUUUCUACUGCAUGUACCUCUGCUACAGUGGACUUGCAAGUGAACCCCGAGAUUACGAAUGCAAUGGUCUCCACAAUCACUCCAAAGCUGUUUCAACAGGCACCAUGACCAUUGGGUUACUCACAACUGUUCUCUCUGUCGUUUAUUCCGCUGUUCGUGCUGGUUCUUCCACUACACUUCUCUCCUCUCCUGAUUCUCCCCGUGCAGAGAAGCCUCUGCUUCCACUAGACGGGAAAGCAGAAGACAAGGAAGAGAAAGAGCAGAAGAAGCCAGUGACAUACUCAUACGCAUUCUUCCACAUCAUCUUCUCCCUCGCGAGCAUGUACUCUGCAAUGCUCUUAACUGGUUGGUCAACUUCGGUUGGUGAAAGUGGCAAGCUGGUGGAUGUUGGGUGGCCGUCUGUGUGGGUCCGUGUUGUGACCAGCUGGGCCACUGCUGGUCUCUUCAUCUGGUCACUUGUUGCUCCGAUUCUCUUCCCUGACCAACGCUCUUUUAGGUCACUCUGUAAUCUCCCUCUCUCGCCGGACUCCCCUGAACGCCGCCUGGUUCAAUUCGUCGACAUGAAGCUCACCGUCAAGACUCUCAAGGGUAGCCAUUUUGAAAUCAGGGUUCUGCCCACCGAUACGAUAAUGGCGGUGAAGAAGAAUAUUGAGGAUUCGCAGAGCAAAGACAACUAUCCAUGUGGACAGCAGUUGUUGAUUCACAAUGGGAAGGUUUUGAAAGAUGAGACUACUUUGGUGGAGAAUAAUGUUACCGAGGAAGGUUUUCUUGUUGUCAUGCUUAGCAAGAGCAAAACUGCAAGCUCGGCUGGUCCAUCUUCGGCUCAGCCUACUUCCACGGCUACAACUACCACCACAUCUUCAGCUAUGCCUGCAUCUCCGUCGACAACCCAGUCUGUACCUGUGCCAGCUUCAAAUUCCACUCUGGCACAAAGUGACAACAAUGCUCAGACUGCUUCAACUUUAGCUAGUGGCGGUAGUACUGAGCAAAUGGUUCAACAAAUAAUGGAAAUGGGAGGAGGCAGCUGGGACAAAGAAACUGUUACUCGUGCACUUCGUGCAGCUUAUAACAACCCUGAGAGAGCUGUGGAUUAUCUAUACUCUGGGAUUCCUGAAAGAGAAACUGUUCCAGUAACUAACAUGUCGGGAGUAGGAUCUGGUGCAGACCUUGCCGCUCCUCCUGCCUCUGGGGGACCAAAUUCAUCUCCUUUGGAUUUGUUUCCUCAGGAAGCAGAAGCUGGUGCUGGAGAGCUUGGAACGCUUGAUUUCCUCAGAGGCAAUGAUCAGUUCCAACAAUUACGAUCAAUGGUCAAUUCCAACCCCCAGAUUCUGCAGCCUAUGCUUCAAGAGCUUGGAAAGCAGAACCCCCAACUUCUGAGGCUCAUUCAAGAGAACCAAGCCGAAUUUCUUCAGUUAAUCAAUGAGCCCUAUGAAGGAUCUGACGGGGAUAUGGAUAUUCUUGACCAGCCCGAGCAAGAAAUGCCCCAUGCAGUCAAUGUUACCCCUGCAGAGCAAGAAGCGAUUCAACGGCUUGAGGCAAUGGGAUUUGAUAGAGCAUUGGUCAUAGAAGCCUUCCUUGCGUGUGAUCGUAACGAGGAAUUGGCUGCAAACUAUCUGCUAGAGAACUCGGCAGAUUUUGAAGACUGAGUUCCCACAACAAGAAAAAAAAAGCGUUUUAACCAUAUCAGACCAUAAAGAAAAGUUUUGUACUACCCUCUUUCAUCUGAACCUUUCAUUCUUACUUUUCUCAGAAUCUCAGAUGAUCAUAUCUUAUUUGUGAAUUCAGACGAGUUUCUUCGUUAAAGAUCUCUUACAAAACAUGUCUAUGCCUCUGCGUUUUACUUGCUACCAGUUCUUUAAUCUUAAUGAAACAAAAACUGUG